GCCUUGCUCACCGUUCCCAGCAACAACAACGAACGUCCACCUCCCGCGGGACCUCCAUAACUUCGCCUGCUGAGCACUUGAUACCGUCAUGAGCUUCCAAGACAUCGAAACAGGCUUAACGCAGCGUCCACAUUCGCCUACCCGCGACGCUCCACGCUCACAGGAAGAGGCAGCGUUCGCGGGAGUCCAGUCGUCUCUCUCCAUCCAAGUGUUCAAGAUCAACGCCAACGUACAGGCGAUAUUGAGCCUUGUUGACCAACUGGGUACACCGAGGGACUCGGCGACGCUUCGCAAGAGACUACAUGACCUUACGGAGACAACGCGCGCAAUGGCCAAGCGAGGGUCUGACGACCUGAAGAAGCUCGCGGCGUUGCAAGCGACCUUGCCAGGCAAGAAGACGGCUAUAACCAAGACGUCGCACGACUUUCAGAUGUCCCUGGUUGCCUUCCAGCGCGCACAGCAAGUCAGUGCGGAACGCCAGAGGACGGUUGUGGAAGGUGUCAAACACGCCGUAGAGGAGGAUGCCGUACCAGAGGGCGACUGGACAAGCGCCUCACCACAACAGCGUCAGGCUCUGGCGCUUCAAUCACAAUUGUCACCUCACGAACUUGCGUACCAAGAGUCGUUGAUCCAGGAGCGUGAGACUGAGAUCCGGGAGAUAGAGACGGGUAUCCAUGAGCUGUCAGAGAUUUUCCGUGACCUUGGGACGCUCGUGAACGAGCAGGGAGGCAUGCUGGAUAACAUAGAGUCGAAUAUUUCCUCAAUCGCAGUCGACACGUCCGCCGCGGCAGAGGAACUUACGACAGCUUCUGAUUAUCAACGCAAAGCUGGGCGAAGGGCCGCAUGUUUGAUGAUUAUAAUGGUCAUCGUCGUCGCCAUUGUGUUGUUAGCUAUAUUAUCCUAAGAGCGCGUCGUUAUUGAUACUCCACUGCGUAUGAUGGUCGUAUUUUGUUAUGGUAUUAUAAUGGAUUUCUGUACAUCACCCUGAUCUGAGCGGUCAUGCCAGAGGCAAGGCUCAAAUGAUUGUUGACAUCUUUGUUCUC